GGCUCGCCACUGCGUCCUACGUGAGCCCUCCUCGUCACUGUCGUCAGCCAAGCAGCCUGGUUUAAAAACAGGCGAGGUGGUAAACGCUCCCCCUGCCUUCCCCUCCUCCUCCUCUUCUUCACAUUUGGCACCUCCUGCGCAUCAGGUGUCAAAAACCGUUCUUCCAGUCUGAGGUGGACCGAGUGGAAGUGGACUCCAGUCACUGGAGUAAUUUCAUCCAUAGAACUUUGACCCCCCCACCUCACAUGACAUGAUGACAGUGGACUUCGGGUGGCCAUUUCGUCUUUUUUUGCUGCCAAGUGCGAUAAUCUUCAGCGCUGUGCUAUGCGCACACUCACUCUACAAGAACCGCUACGCUGGCGAUCAAGUGUUCAGAAUAAACCCAAGUAACAACGAAGAGGUUGGCACACUAAAGACCAUUCUCGAAAGCAUGAAGGUGGACUUGUGGCAGCCGAACAGCGUUUCUCUGAUCGGUUGGAAUGCGACGGUGGACGUGCACAUGAAACGCAGAGACACGCAACGACUCCACGCCGCCUUAAAGCAGGAACGUAUAAAAUACAGCGUUUUUAUCUCUAAUCUGCAGCAGGAAAUUGAAAAGCAGACAAGACUUCGCUCAUCUCGCAAGCGGAGGUCAGAGAGUCAAUACGACUACGAGAUCUACCACUCCUUGGAGGAGAUUCAGAGAUGGAUGUUUGAGAUGAACACAACGCACUCCGACCUGCUCAACAUGUUCUCCAUUGGGAAGUCAUACGAAGGACGACCCCUUUACGUCCUUCAGCUAGGAAAGAGAAGUCGGGCGCAGAAAAAAGCAGUCUGGAUCGAUUGUGGGGUCCACGCCAGGGAGUGGAUAGGACCGGCCUUCUGUCAGUGGUUCGUCAAAGAGGCGCUUAAUUUGUACCGAUACGACACGGCAAUGAGACGACUGCUCAACCAGCUCAAUUUCUACAUUAUGCCCGUCUUCAACGUGGACGGAUACCACUUCAGCUGGACUACGGAUCGCUUCUGGAGGAAGACGCGAUCCAAAAAUGGCAAGUUCCACUGUCGGGGAGUGGACGCCAACAGGAACUGGAAAGUCAAAUGGUGCGAAGAGGGGGCUUCUUCUCACCCCUGCGACGACACCUACUGCGGGCCCAACCCCAAAUCGGAGCCAGAAGUAAGGGCUGUCGUCAAGUUCCUGCGCAAGCACAAGAAGCGCGUCAAGGCCUACAUUUCCGUGCACGCGUACGCCCAGAUGCUCCUCUACCCAUAUUCCUACAAGUACGCCGCCAUCCCCAACUUUAACUGCGUGGAGUCAGCAGCUCACAAUGCAGUGAAAGCGUUGUAUUCAGCCUAUGGAGUCAAGUACAGAUAUGGACCUGCUUCUACGACCCUUUACGUUAGCUCGGGCAGUUCCAUAGACUGGGCCUACAGGAACGGGAUCCCAUACGCAUUCGCCUUCGAGCUGCGAGACACGGGCUACUUCGGCUUCCUGCUUCCAGAGACCCUCAUCAACCCCACGUGCAACGAGACCAUGCGGGCGGUUAAGGCCAUCGCAUUGGGCCUGCUCAAGAAGUGCCACACGGACACCGAUGCCUUCCCGUACAUAUGAACGCACACGCCGUGCUGUGUUUCGACCAUGACAAUACACAACAUCAGGAUGAUAAGCUGCCAUUGAAGCACUUGUCAACACGUUUUGUUAAAAUUCAACAACAUUCAAGUGUCCUGCUUGGAACUUGGGGAUGCAAACGUUACAAUUGCCUUCAUUACUGCAACAUUGUCUGGGUAUCUCAGUUGCUAUCUAUGUGUAUUUUUGUGUCAUUAGCAUAGGUCGUUGUACCUUUUCAGUUAUUGCUCAGGUAUGGAUCAAAAAUGUUGAACUUGUGAUAUAUUGUGUAUACCUGUGAUCAUGUGCUUGAAUGCAUUUUCUUAGACUAGUUGGGCUGCUUAGACCAUAUUGUUAAGAACAUUUGUGGGUUCAAUUCCCCUUUAAGGAACCCUGACAAAAAAAAAAUAAUGUCAUUCCUAUACUUCUUAAAACAUUCAAAAUAAACAAGCGUGGACAGGUCAUUCUUUUUGGUAAAAUAAAUUGUCCUGUCAUCUGUCUAGAAAAACCAAAGUAGUUAUGUUCUUAUUUUGCCAGUAGAUGUCACUAUUGCCGUGAUUAUACCCGUUUCUGCAUGAUUGUUUCUCAAGAUACCACCUAGCGACCACGCACUGUAACAGCCAAAUUAUUCGAAGCUCAAAAAGCCACAACACCAGAAGUUGAAAGCACGAUGAAUAUUUAGUCAUUGAUGUACAAGUAACAUGAAAUUUAUUUCUAUCUAAACUUCAGAACGCUUUCAUUCUCCUUGGGUGAACUCAGAAUUGAAAAACCAAAAUCAUUUGAACUCGUAGCAAACGAAACAGCAGUACUGGGUACAAUCCACAUCAUGCACAGGGAGGUGAAUUGCGACGUGAUGUACUCAAACCUCGAACGCCAUUGUGUCCCGCGAGCGGGCAAGUCUCCUCACUUGCCAUCCGUAAAUGUACUGUGGUGUAAACGUCGACA